GCUCCUUCUCCUCCUAUAAAUUAGAGGCAAAUCUACUUGUCUGCAUCACAUAGUAAGUGUAAUAACAUCAUCAGAUAGUUUUUUCGGAGAGAAGUAAGAAAAAUAAACAAAAAGAAAAAAGAAAAAAUGAGAGCAUUGGGAGUGGUUAUUCUCGGUUUCAUCAUGCUGAUCAUAGCCAUAUGUCUCAUGCCAGAGGCAGCAAAUGCCGCACAGGGCACUGCUAUUUACUACGAUCCCCCUUAUAUUCGAGUUUUAACAAUUAAAAUCCAUUCGACAGCCUCAGCAUGCUAUGGAAGACAAAACCUUGGUGUGAUGGUAGCUGGAGCAAGUGAUCAGAUUUGGGGGAAUCGAGCAGCCUGUGGUAAAAAUUACAGAGUCACAUGCAUCGGAGGCGCAAACCUGGCGCCACAUCCUUGCAAGUCUGGCAACGUUGUGGUUAAAAUCGUAGAUCACUGUCCGUCACCGGGAUGCAAUGGAACCAUAAAUCUCUCUAGAGAUGCUUUCUCCAAAAUAGCUGAUCUUAAGGCCGGAAAAGUCAAAAUUGAGUAUACUCCGGCUUGAAGUUCUCUGGCCUAGAACAUGGUCUGCCUCCUAACAAGCUAGGGAUUUUUAAAAAUACUGAAAUGAGCAGCUAGCUCAUGGAUGAAACUUCUAUCUGCUCAAUGCAUGUCAACAUGAUGUAGAAAUCACUGUAUAUGCAAGCGAUACAUGUUCAGUGCUGCAAUAAAGAGAGGCCAUUAGUACUUUAGAAUCGAUCA